AUGGCUCAAAAUGUUUCAGGAAAAAACAUCAAUGAAUUUGUAUUUACAGGAUUUGACACGUUAGAAAACCCGGUGUCUGUUGGUAUUGCCAUACUUGCUGUAUACAUUCUUUUAAUGCUUGCUAACCUUGCAAACAUAUAUGUUAUUGUCAUUGAUAAACAUCUACACCAGCCAAUGUAUGUCUUUAUCUGCAAUUUAGCAAUUGUAGACAUGCUCUACUGUACAAGUUCAUGUCCAACUAUGAUAGCCAUCCUUAUAGUUGGCUUUAAAACCAUUUCUUAUGCACCAUGCAUUAUUCAGAUGUAUGGUUUUGGUUUGGGUUAUGUCAUGGAAGUGUUCACUAUUUCUGUCAUGGCUUUUGACCGAUUAGUUGCCAUAAUCAAGCCACUGCACUACCAUUCCAUUCUGACAAAUGCACGUUCUGUUGUUCUCACUUUUUUGCUGUGGAUUCUGGGAUCUCUUGCAACAGCAAUUAUGCCUGGUUCUGCGGUUCCUUUACCAUUAUGCUCCUCAACUAUAAAGUAUGUUUUUUGUGAUUAUGCAGCUGUUGUCAGAACGACUUGUGUAGAUCCAAAUCCGUAUUUUAAUUUAAUGUCAAGUUUCACCUUUUUCCUGUUGUUUGGAACUUUCAGUUUCAUUUGUUUAACCUAUCUUAAAAUAGUUAUUGUUGUCGUUAAAAUGACCUCUAAAAGCAGCAAGAAAAAAGCAUUUCAUACUUGCUUAAGUCAUUUAUUUGUGAUAAUCAGCUAUUAUGUACCUGCAUUUAUUUUGCUAGUUCUGACCAGGUUUGGGGUAGCCUUAUCACUUGAUGAAAGAAAUGGUCUGAGGGUUGGGACAAUUCUUGGUCCUUCUUUAUUUAAUCCUUUUAUAUAUUGUUUUAGAACUAAAGAGAUUCGAAAUAAAAUAUUAAGAAUUGUGUCAAAAGUUGAACCAACUAAAUAA